AGGAGGAGGAGGGCGGUGUCCCCCGGCGUGAGGUCACGCGCGUGACGCGAGUCAGCGCGUCUGUGACGCCACGAGAGCGCGACGCCUUCCCCCGUCGGUUGCCCCGGCAACGCUCUCCCGAGGCUCAGAGAGGGCGGGGCGGGAAUGUGCAGGCGGCGGCGGCGGCGGAGGAGGUCGUCACCUGGCAGGUGACGGCGGCCGGGGUGGAGCCCGAGGGCGGGGCUUCGGAGACAAGUCCCCCUCUCGGUCCCGAGUUUGGAUCCUGCCCCUGGAGGCCCCCGGAGGAGGAGGAGGAGGAGGAGGAGGCGGCGCUUGCAAGGACAGGUGCAGGGUAUCAUUCUGAAUCCAAAGCCAAAGAAUAUAAGCAUGUGUGCAAACGAGCUUGUCGGAAGGAUUCACCCUUUACAAAUGCAGGAAUGGGAUCUAACCUGAACCUUCUGGGCGAGAUAGAAUGUGACGCUAGUAUCAUGGACGGGAAAUCGCUCAAUUUUGGAGCCGUCGGAGCGCUCAGUGGAAUCAAGAAUCCCGUUUCCGUUGCAAACAGACUGCUGUGCGAGGGGCAGAAGGGGAAACUCUCCGCUGGCCGAAUUCCACCUUGUUUUUUAGUUGGCGAAGGAGCUUUCCGGUGGGCGGUCGACCAUGGAAUCCCGGCCUGUCCUCCGGGCGUCAUGGCUACAAGACUGAGCUUAGCGGCUUUCAAGAGGAACAAGAGGAAACUGGAGUUAGCUGAAAAGGUGGAAACGGAUCUUUUUCAGCUGAAGAAAAGACGACAAUCAAGUGAAAAGCUGGACCGCUCUGUUCAGGACGCGGAGCCCGAACGUGCUGGUGGGUUCUCGCGUGCGGCCGUCUUGGCUCGGCCGGACGAUCUCCCGACGGUUCUGCCGCCGCCGCUUGGGGCAGCUCUUUAUGGAUGUGGUUGCUGGGCUGAAAAUACGGGAAUUCAGAAUCCUUAUUCUACAGCUGUGAGUACCUCAGGUUGUGGAGAGCACCUUGUACGGACUUUACUGGCCAGAGAAUGUUCAUGCGCUUUGCAAAACGAAGACGCUCACCAGGCUCUGCUUGAAACUAUGCAAAACAAGUUUAUUAGUUCACCUUUUCUAGCCAAUGAGGACGGUGUUCUUGGUGGAGUGAUAGUUCUUCGGUCUUGUAGAUGUUCUGCAGAAGCCAACUCCUCCCAGGAUAAGCAGUCACUGCUAGGGAUAAAUUUAUUUAAGGGGGCAGACUGUAUCUUAGUGUCUCUGGGUAUGAUCAAAGCACAGUUGUUCACCUGGAGUGACUCUGUGCAGGUGUUCGAGGCUGCAACUCACAUUUCAAGACUUCCACCCGGAGCAGUGGCAGGGCAAUCAGUGGCCAUUGAAGGCGGGGUCUGUCGGCUGGAGAGCCCAGCAAGCUGAAGAGUCCUUCGCCCGGCCAAGCGAGAGAGAGCACGCAAUGCCGUUUUGUAUCAUAUGCUCCUUUUUUCGUUGUUUUAACAGGUGUUGAGGAUUUAACUCUCCUUUUAUACUCCUUAUUGCAUCCACGCGCCUCCCUGUCCCGAAGCGAGUGCCGCUUUAGCUUUAUAUCCUGACACUCUGUGUGAAUGUAUGCGAAUUUGUCUCUCAGUGGAAUAGACACGCUAUGCCCCAGCUGCGCAAGUAAAGAUAAUGUAGGGAUAAUUUAAACGUUUGGGGGGAAAAUAUUUUUAUGUCUUAAUCGACGAGUGUAUAAGAUGACGAUGCCCUGAAAUCACAAGGGGAAAUGGUUUUUAAAAUGUGUGGUCGUCGGUGUUGCUUUUUAUAUUUGGGGGAAAUGCAAGCUUUGGAACUUGGUGGAAUGCACAAGUUAUUGAACGCGCUUUACGUUAUUUAACGGUUUUGGAGGGUCCAGCAGUAGCUAAAUCACGUUGUUCUUUCCCAGUCUCCUUUUUUAAAAGUUUUUUUUUUCUUUUUGGUUGGUUUCAGUGAAACAAUUCAGGACCGUUAAUGACCUGGCCCCUUUUUUUGGCUUUAUGAUUAUUCAGUUGGUGGUACUUUUCCAGCUUAAACGUUCCAUAGCUUCAAGCUGUUAUGUAUUAUGUACGGCUCUGUAAAGAUAACGUGUAGUCAUAAAAAGUCUUUACUUUGUGUAUAAUGGAAUAUCGGAAUGUAAAUAAGAAGAAAGUUUAUGGAGAGAGUCAAUAUUAUUCUUUGGUUUAAAUAUAUUUUUGAGAGAAUGGUGCCGAAAUAAACACGCUAUUGCUGGAUGAAUAAUGUAACGUGUAUGAUAUCGAGGAUCCUAAUUCUGGUGCUUUUUCUUCUUCCCUGCUUUUCUUCUUCCCUGCAUUUCACGUUUGUAGCAAAUGUGUGUAAUGGUUUGCGGCUAUAUUUACACUUUAUGCAUGUAGACUUAUUAGUGAUCUUUUAAAACUAAGUAUAGACCUCCAGACUCAUGAUAAUUCAUAAUUUACAGUGCCAUCCUAAGCAAACUUUCAUCUUUCUAAGUCCAUUAAAGUCAAUGUUGCUAGAAGGGGUUAAUCUACUUAGGAUCACGCUGUUAUGUACCUGCUUUGUUAUAAGUAGGAGCCCCUUUAUCCUACGGUUACAUUUCAGGAUCUUGAUGUUUCUUUCUUUCUCUGCUCCUCUGACCUACAAGUCUUGAGUACUGUCAGUCAAUCCCACCUAAAAAUAAAGGGGAGGAAGGAAGAAUUCAGGCCAGAGAGGACAGGCUAUACCAUAUUAGAGAAGAUGCCUUGCCACAAGCUGCCACGAGGAAUUUAGCUUUAAAAGGGGCAUUUGUUGGCCUAGGAGCCGUUAAAAUGUUAAUAACUAAAAGAUUGAGGGGAGGCUCAUUUCGCUGGCACAUAAGUGGCUUGGUCCACUUCUCUCUAGCCUUCCUAUAUCAUGGACAAUCAAAGUAAACAUGCUUCUCAGUUUUUAUGAUCUGUAAGCCAGAACUGCAAUAUAUAUCUGAAAACGGUAUACCUAAUAUUACGGCCUACCUAAUAUACAGCCUUCAGAGAUCACAGAUAGUAGGGCAUUUCAUUUUGCGAGCAUAAUUGCUUGCUCGUAUCUUGUAACUGUAAGGCUAAACAAGUAUUUUGGGAUUGCAAAGAGUGGUGGGAAUUCCCAUUUGGAGAGUAGAGCAAGCACACCUAGCCCGGCCGAUAGUACCGUUGAUAUCCAUCUUCAUAAUCAACUGCUUGAUAAUCUUAUGGGCUAGGGGGCCCCCUAAUGCAAAAAUGACUUCUCUGGGCAUCGUAUAAUAUUCAGUUUUUCUAUUACAGCCUGAUUCCAUGGACUGGAGAAAUUAUCUUGUUUCGUAUAAAAUAAUAAGCUGUUAUCCUCAGAUAACAUUAUUUUGAAUUUCGGAUUCAAUGUCCGUAUCCAGUCUAAGGGCGGUAUGGCCACAUAUUUCA